UGGUGACGGGAGGCGGGGCGCGGCGGUUGUGGGUAACUGACGCCUGUACUUCACGGUGGCUGCGGCGCGCGUGGAGAGGCCUGGCCCCGCGUGGGGCCGAGCCGGCGCGAGGCUGCCGCCGGUGAGCCUGAAGCACGAGCCACGCACGCAGGGCCCAAUCUUUUGGGCCGUGAGCGGCCGCGGCGUUGGCGACGAGACCUCCCAGAUGCCGGUUGGGGCUCUUAGGAGCGGAGCGCAGGCUGGGCCCGGGCCGCGGGCAGGAUAAGAGUCCGACGGGCCUGCUCGCCCCGCGCGUGGAUGCGGCGGCGGCGGCGAUGGACGCCCUAGAGGAAGAGAGCUUCGCCCUGUCCUUCUCUUCCGCCUCCGAUGCAGAAUUUGAUGCUGUGGUUGGAUAUUUAGAGGACAUUAUCAUGGAUGAUGAGUUCCAGUUAUUACAGAGGAAUUUCAUGGACAAGUACUACCAGGAGUUUGAAGACACAGAAGAGAAUAAACUCACCUACACACCUAUUUUUAAUGAAUAUAUUUCUUUGGUAGAAAAGUAUAUUGAAGAACAGCUCCUGGAACGGAUUCCUGGAUUUAACAUGGCAGCUUUCACGACAACUUUGCAGCAUCAUAAAGAUGAAGUGGCUGGUGACAUAUUUGACAUGCUGCUCACGUUCACAGAUUUUCUGGCUUUUAAGGAAAUGUUUCUGGACUACAGAGCAGAAAAAGAAGGCCGGGGACUGGAUUUAAGCAGUGGUUUAGUGGUGACUUCAUUGUGUAAAUCAUCCCCUGUGCCAGCUUCCCAGAAUGAUCUGCGACACUAGGCCCUGCCACCAGGCAGAGAUAUCUUCCUGGACGUCGCCAGCCCCAUAGACUGGAAGAGGCUUUGGCUAUGUGACAGAAUACAUCUUGGAAAGACGGGCUCUGUUCCACAACUCUUUGCUGACGUUAAGUAUUGAUGGGCCAGAAGACAGCCCAUCUGACCCUCCUAGGCCCCUGAAGCACCUUGUGUUCAGUAAUCCUAGCACUCCUCCCCAAGUAGACCCCUCUCUCAGGCCUGAGUCAGGCUCCUCUGGAGCAAGCCUGAGGCCAGCAUCCCCCCCCCCCCAUCCCCAGCAUAAAUGUUGGUAGGUCAGCAGCAUUUGGAAGAACCCACCAGCUCCACCCCUCUUUGGCCCCGCCUGUCCAUCAGGCUUUUUGUGUGCUAACAGCUUCCUGUGUGUAUCAGUUUCAGUCCUGCAGCCUGAGGGGUUUCUACCCAUGUGGGAACAUUUCUCUAGGCUGUUCCUUGAGACAGCUGCCCUCUGCAGCAGCUCCCAUCCCAGCUGGUCCUGGCUGUAGGAAUAACAGAGAUGCCCCUUACCUGAAGCUACCUGUGAAAAUCACUCCCUUGUCUUACAGUCGGCAGUCCCUGCAUCACUCUGUCUUCUGCUGGUCCUGAUGUAGUCUGUUUCUAGAAUUCUUUUAAGCAUUUAUAGAUAACUAUUUUUAUAGAUGAAUACUCAGGCUAACCUAGUGGCUAUAAUCUUGGAGCUUCCAUGAUUACCCACUUAAAGAUCAAAGUAUUAUAUACUGUGUGCUUUUUAGCUAUUAGUGCUAUGAAAGCAAAGAUGCUUUCUACGUUGGUGCACCUAGUUUACUGGGCACCAGUGAGUGUGUGCUUAUGCUGGAAGUAGGCUAAAAGGUCUCCCUUUCUUACAGCAUGUUAAGUGUUCGUACAGGUUUGCUAAAACUUUACCCUUCUGUGUAAAUCGGUUUGUUAGGUUUUCUGUUGGAGUAGGGCCUCUGCAGUUCCUUCCUGUCCAGAUCUCCCUACCAAGGCGGUGUUCCGCUGGGUUGGCUCAGCAUGAGGAGAGCGCAAACAGCUUCACUAGUCCUAUGUAUGCCUUGAUUUAGCAGUGUUUCAUAGAAAUCACCAGAAAACAUGGAUGUCACAUCUCUAGAAAGACAAGACAUAGUAUUUCAAUUCUCAAUGUGUACCUUCCAUAUAUUUUUUUUUCUUUUUUUUUAAGUAAAAAUAAGACUAUACUUAUAAACUUUGGUUGGCUGUUCUGGUCUUAAAGUGUGAGCUGUAGACUCUUUCUGUACUGAUGCAUGGCACUUAUUAAAUACUUUUGUACCAUGAAUAUACUCGGAGGUGCAUUGCAAGAGCCGUCAUUCUCCACGAGUCCCUCCCCUUUCUUGGCUAUCACCCCUGCCCUCGGGGUCACUGCUGCUUUGGUCCUUCAAAGCCAGAGGCCCUCGCAGAGCCAGCUUUUUCCAUUGCUGCCCCUCCUGGCCUUGCUUUCCCUUCUUGCCCUUUUUCUAUAAAGGGCUACUCACUGUAGGCUGGGCAUGUCCGAAGUACUUGAUGAAGACCUGGUUGAGAAAACCCAUGUAUGUGGACUUAACAAAAAAUGAACAACAGCAGAGGUAAACAGUUCUUUUCCACUCAGAAAAAAAAAAAAAAAAACAAGCCUGUUGCUUACUAUUAGCAGAUAGGCUUUCUGAUUUUAUAAAACCAGAAACCUGUCUCUGUCCACACAGGGACUUCUGUCAUCGUGUGCCACCUUUGAUGGGGCUCAGGGCUGGCUGGGAUGAGAAAGCCCGCCAUCCUGCCCAGUCUCCGUGACAGCUGCCCUGUCAUAUUGCUCAGACCUCCUCGCCCAUGGGAAGCGCAGACCCUUCAACUGCAGGGUCUGAGGAUCGGGGAGGCAUCGGCCUCACCAAAAGGUAGUUGUUUGAGGAAGCAUGUUAAUAUCCGCAGUGCAGUGGGCUGUGUGUUAGCAGGUUAGAAACUGGUAAGACCUUGCCUAGGACUUUGUUUCCUCUUAAGCCAAAAGAAAAUGAGUUGAUCUUAACACUAAACUCCCUCCUUAUGGCUUAAUCAUGGAAUGACUCCCGUUUAUCAUAUUCUGAGCCACUUGAGGGUAAAAAGCGAUCCUGUUAGUAUCCACACCAGGACAACAGGCAGGCCGUGGGCCUGUCCCAGGCUAACCAGGACAUGGGUGUCUGACUUAACCCCGUCCCUCUGUUCUGGAGCAGGUCCCCCACAACUGUUGGACUCAACAGUAGCCCCCACCUGCAGGGGAUCUGCCCCGAGACACCCCCUCCCCGUGGAUGCCUGAGAUCCCGGAUAAUACCGAACCCUCUUCACACUGUUUCUCCCUGUACGUCCACACCUGUGACAGAGUUCAAUUUAGAAAGGCAUGGUAAGAGGUUAACACCAAGAAAAUAGAACAAUUACAACAAUAUACUGUAAUAAGAGUUACGUGACGGUGGGCUCUCUCAAAAUAUCCUACUUCCUGUACUCUUGUGAUGAUGGGAGGUGAGGUCUGGCCCCCAGGCUGAGAUGAAGUGAGGUGACUGGCGCAGCUUGACCCUGCUGGUAGCCUCAGGAGGAGGACCGCGUGCUCCCAGGCUACUAGCUGACCGCGAGUAACUGAAAACGCAGAAAGCGAGAACGUGGAUAAGGGGAGCCUACGGACUAUUGGAGAUACAUCCUAAUUAUCCCUGGGUUUUUGCAAAAGGACCAAGGGGUGCCCAGAAAUGCCCUCCCCUCAGCCUACUUACUAUCCAAAGCAUGUUACUCUGUGGCAGCAGAAACAUAAGCUCGGUCAGGAGGACUUCCUCUUUGUGGUCUGCCGCCGGCCCCCCGGAUCCAGCCUGUUAUUCGCGUUGAUGACUUGAUCUCUGAACUGCGCACUUUCAAGGCAGGGGACAGGAUGGCAGUCUCGCCUUCAGCAAGGUGACCUUGAUGUGCCUAAAGCUGGGAUGACUGACUUAGUGUUAAAAGGACACCAUUCUGAGAAUGGGGCGGGGGGGGGGGGGGGGGUUGGGGAUCUAUUAUAUCUGUCAGGACAGCUGGCAUGAAGGGGAACUGUCCCUGGCAAAGAAAGCAAGCAGGAAGGUACUCAGGUGGCCUCAGGUCAGAGUAGCAGCUGGGGGUGCUAAGUCCAGAACCGGAUUUUGAACCUCCCAGUACAUUUAGCUGCGGCUUCCUGGGCUGUAUAAGCGUCUACAACCAUGAUUACCCAACAUCUUUUCCAAAUAGGUUCUUCCAGCUUUAUUUUUGUAAAAAACAACAAAACCCAAAGAGAACCAAGUCACCAAGCAUGGGACAACUUACCAGGCAAGGUCUUGAGUCCCUCCCUCCUCCAUGUCCCAUGUGCCACGUGCCUAAUCAACAGCGUCCGGGAAGCAGGUGGCACGGUUAGCUUUUCCCAGAGGGGAUACUACAAACAAGGGCUUGGGUACCGGACGGAAACCUGGCCAGGUUUUUAAUCGCUGAGAAGUUGCUUAAGACCGAUUGCUUUAAAUAACUGGUAUGUUUGAAAUGCAGGAAAAGGACUACCAUGCUGUCAGAAAUCCUAACCCUCUUUCCACAGAUGACUCCCUAGAAGCCACCUGUUGGCUUGAGGGAGGGAGGGUCAGGUCAGAAUUGCGGUUGAAGGAAUGAGGCCGGUUUCAGCAAGCUCGCUCUGCAGUCCCAGGGCAAAGACUAAGGUAAAUACGCGCGGCUUGUUAGGCUUAUUCUACGGUGGGCCAGCGGCUGCAGGUCUGGAGUCCUCGUUAGUGUAUUUAGUGUUGGUGAGAAGACUGGGCUCCAGCCUUGGACACUGGAGUCUCUAAAGACAAAGUGGAGAGCCCCGCGUCCCCCAUCACCUUCCACUAAAUACGGGGGACGGGCAGGUGGUGUCAGCCAUGGGCCUCUCUCCAGCCCAGGCGCUUGCCGACUUGGGCCAAACCAGAGGAAGGAUCCCGAUUCCAAAGGAGCGCUGGGUGAGCCCGGGUCUGAGGAGCAGUGCGGAGCAGGCGUAGUCCCUUCCAGGCCGACUCCACAAAGGGCUCAGGCCUCGGGCUUGCAGGCCGCCCCGCGCUGUGACCCAGCUGUGACCCAGCUGCAGCCUUCAGCCCCAAGGUGGGCCAUGGCACAGGUGGCCUAGGCGUAGCCGCCAGCCAUCUGACUGGUGGCUGCGUUGCUGCCCACGCCCCGCCAGGCCUGGAAGCUGAAGAAAGCGCUCACUCCGUAGGCAAUCAUCACUAAACAUGCAAAGAACUGAAAGGAAGAAGACACCAAAGCUGAGUUGGUGUGCGCUGUGGCACUGGGGGGUAGGGUGACAGGGAUCCGAGUGCCAGACAGACCACCUCAGACCCACAGACUGCAAAACCUUGAGCAACACCCCUCCAUUAACCAGAACAAGUUGCUCUGGCACCCGCACCAACUCCAACUUAGCCAUACUUUCCUAUAGCAAGUGUCUGGGGGUGCCGAUGGGUGCCAGGUUCUGGGGCUGCCGACAUUACAUUCUCGCGGGGGUAUCUAUUAAGAGCCACGCAGGCAAGGUAUGUCAGACUGUGAUGAGGGCGACUGGAUGAUGUGCUAAGAGUGACCGAGGGGUAGGAGCUAGUUCACACACACAUCAGGGAUUUCGUUUUAAAAAGACAACAUUGUGAUUCCAGGGAAUCUUCUGGAAUCGGUUCAUAGGUGCCCUACGCUAGCACCGGUGGCCAUUUUCAGAAGCUCCGUGUCUCUACCACAGAUUUCAAAACCACCUUCUUCCUGGUCUAGCUCCUGCCCUACCCUGGACUUCCCCUAGGUGUGCUCACCUCUCUGAGCCUCAGUUUCCUUGUCUGUCCACAGGGACUACCAGUCCCUGUCCUCCUCACUGUGGGAGUCAAAGGGUCCUGUGAGGAGAGGUCUGUGUGGGGCCCCUUGGAGUCAGGCAGGACAGGUGUGGCGGGGGUCACUGAUAUUUCACUGGCUACCUCACGGGGAGCCCGAGUUUGGCCUGAGAGACCCUGUAAAUCCCCCCAAAUGGUUUAAGCCAAAAGGUUUUGCAAAUGCCCCUUUCAAGAAGGGCGGACAGUUUUUAAUAGGUCCUCCCAGGGGGCAUAUGACUGUCAAUCAGUAUGGAACACCCGGGUUAACAACAAAGUUCAACAGUUAACCCAGAACUUCAUUUACUACCACAAAGUACUUCCCAAGCAUUCUGGUUCCUCAAGGUUUUACUGUUAAUUAUGGAAGACUGAAAGCUCAGCUUCCCUGAAACCCUGAGAUGAUAACUCUAGCGGUGGCGGGUGCUGGCCUCAGUCCAGAGAGUGGUGGGAGUCCCGGGGCAUAGACUUGGUCUGGCUGGCCCGUCUACCCUGUAACUAACAGCCAAGGGCGCCCUGGGGAACCAUACUCACAGAGGCAGCCGCACGCUGGUUAUACGGCCGGGUGCCCUUCAGGGACGUCAGCUCGACGGCGGCAGAGCAGGUGAUGAAGGCCGUGAUGUAGAGAACGGUGGCGCCCACGUUAAAUAUCAUUAACUGGGGGGAGGGGAGAACAGGCUUAAGACAGCAGACUCUUCCAGGAAGCGUGGAACCUCUUGGUUCCCAACGGCACCUGCCUUUAGUAGCCAGGACCGGGGCUGGGGCUCAAGGAAGGGGAGGGAGACCUGGGUCUUUGCCACUAGAAGGGAAGUCCACAUGGGGUCAGGCCGGUGGCCAUCUGAGCUGGGAACGUAAACACACCUAAGGCUCAGCGGGGAGGGGACACGAUGGGGGAGGCCCGAAGUGAUCUGGUCAGGAGCAGCGGCGGUCCCAAGAGGCAAAACCCAUUGCCAAUGGCAGGAGAUUGAACCAAGGCCUGCUAAAGAGCACCAGCUAAAGAACUCCAGGGCCACGCUCUUCCAUGUUGGCUCAGCACAAGCUCGGCCCUCCCUCUUGGCACCGCAGGCCUUGGUCCUGAGGCUGGACCUAGGAGCACCUCACAUCCCUCUCUACCCCGGUGGGAGGAAUCUUUGUCUGCCUUUUGGCCACAUCUUCGGCUCAAGGCCCCCCAUGUCAAAUGCCAGGGUCAGGACCCCGCAGGGUUCUGGACCAGACUGACAGGGAGGACCCUCAGCUGACAUUCAGGCUGAGUCCCAUUUCCCCAGUGCUUGGCCCCUGGAGCCAGUAAACCGUCUUAGCAGACACUGCAAACUGGGGGCCCUCAGGCAUGUCUGGUUCAACCUAGAGAUUUUUUUUUUUUUUUUUUAAACUACCAACAUUCUAAGAGCACCUGGGUGGCUCAGCCGGUUAAGUGUCCGACUCUUGAUUUCGCUCAGGUCAUGAUCUCACACAUGGGGCUCUGUGUUGACAGAUCAGAGGCUACUUGGUAUUCUCUCUCUCUCUCUCUGCUCCCCCCACCCCCUCGCUUGCUGGCUCAUUUGCUCGCUCACUCUCAAAAUAAUAAACAUUUAGAAAAAAUAAA